GAACAAAUUGUAGAUCUAAAAAUACAGCAUCAUAAUGUAGGAAUUUUAGUUAAAAAGUCUUAAAUCAGUUGCAUCAAAUAAUUAGAGAGUUUGUAUGGUUGCAUAACUGGCCCCAAACCAUGACUCGAAGUAUUCAUGGCAAAUCCAGUAUGGAAAUCUGCAAAAGUUUGAGCUCUAUAUCUCUGUUAUUAAAUAUUCAAUUUUGCAUAUUCUUUGCUUGGCAAAUUUUCUCCUUUCAAUUUUGCAUAUUCUUUGCUUAAUUAUUCAUUGAUAAUUUAUAUUUUAUAUAUAUCUAUUGAGAUUGUUGGUGUUUACCUAUAUGGAGUCCUUAGGAUCUGUGAUUCUGGCUGUUGCUUAUUUGGUAACUUGAACUUUUAUAUUCUUAAAUGACAUUUUUAUGUUCUGGCAUUCUUGAUAAAUGGAGCUGUUGGCAUCUACAUCUUCCAUGGAGAAUUAAUUCAAUAGCAAAACAAAACUUUAUGAAUUGUAGCAUAAACUUCCACUGCUAGCUUCAUUCAUACACAAGUGCUGAAAAAUUCCUAAAGCUAAUUUGAUUUUUUUCAUUUUACCUUUUUUUUUUCUUGCAGGCUGCAUUUGAAGAUGUUUAAUAUUGUUUUCCUUUUCCCUUGUUCUUCUCAGUUUUUUCUAAAAAUCUUUCAGCAACUUAUGAAAAAUUGUUUUUUGUUAACCUGUUCCUUUUGCUUGAUGCAAGAUUUUUGGUAAAUUUAUCAAACCAUAGCUGUUUCUAAGUUGUUAUUGCAAAAAAGAAAGUUUGCUGCUGUUUUGCUGGAUGCAAGAUUAUAUUUGUUAUUGUAAGAUAAUUAUUUAUGGAGUUUGUCUCAUGUAUGUUACAUUUUAUAUUAUAUUUGCAUUGGCAUGUGAUAAAAAAUAAAAAUAAAAAUGAUCCCUUCCCUGUUAUAUAGGAAAUUAAAAACAACAAAAUCCAAAGACAGUGAAUGUGCAAGACAGCAAGACGAUUUGCACAUUGAUUAGCUUCUUGGUAGACAUGCUGAACUAAAACCUGAAGAAUCUUAGACAUGAUCUCCCUGCAAUCCAAAAUAAGGGAGUAAAGAGGAUGCUGACGGAAAGAAAAGAUUCAUAGGUAAAUAGGUAAUAUUUUAUAAAUGAGUAGACUUGGCUUAGAACUGCUUGACCAUUUCUCUUCUUCUAAAAGAUAAGAUUUGUCUAGGUUUUUUCCUUUUUUUUUUGUGUGUGUGUGUGUAAGUUUUUAUAUUGAGUGUUCCUUUUAAUUUGAUUUCAGUUGUAUGGUUAGUGUAUGAUUUUCACUUGCAUUUUGAGACAAUCUAUUCCUUAAACGUGAUAUUUUGGGCAUGGAAACAACUGAAAAUGUCCCUGUUAUUCCCAUUUCUAAAUCUGAGGAGCUAAAAGGCAUUAUUCAGAGAGGAUCUAAACAACGACAUGUUUCUGGUACUCAAAUGAAUGAACAAAGUUCAAGAUCUCAUCCACUAGUUGCUUUUGGUAUUGAGAAUACCAACCUUCUGACCGAAUCUAUCACAAGGGGAAAGGUAGUCAUAUAUCUCUCUUGAAUCUUAUAAAAUGCCUUUUCUUCUAUAGAUGUAAGAAACACUACUGGAAAAGUUUGUACAUGCAUAUUUAAUGUCAAUACAGAGAAUUGAGUAGAUGGCCAUUUCAACACUUGGAAGCUAGAUAAUAAGGAACGGUUCUUUUGUCUUAAGUUGUAAUUAAUGGUAAUUCUAUUG